UUUACUUUUCAUUUACUUUGUUAUUUUUUCAUGCUGGUUUUGGCCGAAAAAUUGCUAAAUGAAUUAUUUUUAAUUAAAUUUUUCAUUAAUUUGUAAAUUCGGAGAUGCCUCUGUUUGAAGUCGUGCAAGAAAAAACCACCGUCGUGUUUGAUUUUGGAUCUGCAUACACCAAGUGUGGGUUCGCUGGAGAGAAUGCCCCCCGCUGCAUCAUCCCUAGUCACUUCAUAAGGAAGUCUGGUCAGAUCUUCUACAUUCAUGACAAGAAUUUAUCAGACGAAGAACUCUUUGAUGGUUUGGUGGAAUUUUUGUACAUUCUUUAUUUCAGAGAAUUAUUAGUGAACACCAAAGAUAGGAAAGUGGUCAUUGUUGAAUCGAUCUUCACUACCUCCAAAUUUAGAAACAUCAUUGCUAAAGUUUUUUUUGAACAUUAUGAGGCUAGUUGCCGAGUACCAUCGAUAUAUUUCGGCAGCGCUCACAUCCUCUCACUGCUGACCCUCGGCGUCAAGGUCGCCCUCGUUGUGGAUUGUGGCUACCGAGAGACACUUGUUCUGCCGGUGUACCAUGCUUUCCCGAUCUUCCAGGCUUGUGAGCUGGUUCCUCUCGGUGGGAAAGUUAUACACCAAUACUUGAAGGCCCAGUUGAUGGAAGAAGCGACUGUCAGCACAGAGUCAAGGGAGGAAUUGCCACUAUCAUCUGUUCACGAUCAGUUGGAUGAAAAGCUGUUGGAAAAUAUUAAAGUUAAGACUUGCAUAGUGACCAGGUUCGACAGAGCCCAAACAAUCAGAGCUGCUAAGUUGGAUUUGGAUAUCCAGAGACCUGAACCUCCGCUGCCUGUCGACUACCCAAUCAAUGGCAAGUUGAUUCUUAAGAUUCCUGGCAAGAUUAGAGAAGAGACAUGUGAGUUGUUGUUUGAUCGAGACGAUGGGGACAUUUCCCUCGUUACACUCAUCAUCAACUCCAUACUGAAGUGCCCUAUAGACACGCGACGUGAACUCAUGGAAAACAUCGUUCUUAUGGGCGGAACUACAAUGCUGCCUGGCUUCAAAGCUCGAGUGAUGAAUGAGUUGAAGGCUACAGUGCAAGAAGCAAGAUACAAGGAGAAGUUUGGGAAGGAGUCCGUCUUUAAGAUGCACACUGCCCCGUGCAAGGAAAACUGCACUGGCUGGCUUGGGGGCGCCUUGUUUGGUACACUAGAAAUUGUCCUUGGGGUUCGGUCACUGACUCAGGAGCAGUACCUGUCCUCGAACAAGCACAUCCCUGAUUGGUGCUACCUAACGGACCACGAUGAAGUGGUGGAUGACAGAUUCAUCGUCAGGGAGACGAGUUUCAUGGGCACUCCGAGAUCGGAAAACCCGCAAUAGCCUGGUGGUUGAGUGAUGACGAGAGGAGGAAACUGAAAUGCUGGGGAGGGGAAAGUUGCGAGGAGGAAGUGAAGAAGAUUUGUGGGGUGAGAGAAGGUGGGAGGGAUGAAUGUGACAGAAGAGGAUUGCUUACUGGGCUAACCGAUUGGCUCUGGUGGUUGCUUGAGUGGGUUGGCUGACUAUCUGGUGGAGUUAGGGAUUUGAUCGAUUCAAUUUAUAAAAAUUGUUUGGUUCAAUUUAUUGGACCACCAAACUGAAUUAUUGAAAUGAGUUUUAGUUUGUGAAAUGUAAUGUUACAAUUUGAUUGGAUUACUUUUUAAUUUGGAACUCUGGGGCUAAAGAAACUUUGAUAAUACACAAUCGUUACAUUACUUAAUAAAAAAAAUUAACUUUCGUUAAUAGUAGGUCAUAUUUUAAAAUUUGGGAUGCUUUGGUGUUUCAUUUUGAACAUUUAAUAUCUUGUUAAAUUUUGUGUUGCUAUUUUAUUAAAUUUAUUAUAAAUGUUAAUUUAUUUAUUUACUUAUUUAUUACGAAUAAUGUUCACUGCCACUUGGCACCAUUACAGUCAUGAAUUGUAAUUAAUAUUAAGUUUUAAUAAUACAAAUAAAAAACAAUUUAAAUUUGGUGGCGGUAUUUCAUUCAAUAUUCUCAAUAAAUAUUAUAUUCAUCU